AUGAAAUUGUUUUAUUUUUUCUUGUUAAGCUUUCUGAGCAGUUAUAUAAUUGCGUUUUCUUUUAAAAGUACGCAGAGUGCACAUUUUAUAUUAUCUGUGGGGAGAUGUAAUGAAAAUUACGGUAAUAAUAUUAAGAAAAAUAGAUUAUAUUCUACAAAUAAUGAUCAUUUAAAAUUAUUAAAAUAUGUAAGAGAAGUUACUAAUGCUAGUAUACAAUUAUGUAAUAAAGCUUUGAAAGAAUGUAACAAUGAUGUAGAUAAAGCAAUUGAACAUGUUAGGAAAAAUACCAAAAGUUCAACAUUUGUUUCAACAAAUAUUAAAGUAAAAAAAGAAGGAUUAGUAGCUAGCCAAAUAAAAGAUGACAAAAUAGUUUUGUUAGAACUUUUAACUGACUCUGAUUUUGUUGCACGAAAUAAAAUGUUUGUUCAGUUUGUUUACAGCUUAUUGAAUGUUACAUUGGAUAAUGACCUGUCCGUUGGAAAUUGUAAAAAUGCUGGGGAUAAUAAAAAUAGUGAAGACGGUUACACAACGAGUGGUAAUAUCCUAAGUAAUAAUAAUAUAAUGGAUGAAAUAUUAAGUCUUCCUUAUGUAGAUGAAGAGAAUAAAAGCAACAGUACCAUGAGAGAACAACUAAAUUAUCUACGAAAUAUUUUUAGAGAAGAUAUAAAAAUUGGAAGGUUUUCAAAAUAUAGUAAGAAAAAUCCAAACGAAUUUUUACAUUAUUAUAUACAUAACAAAUUGGAUGAUCAUGUGGGCUUAUCAGGAGUUCUUUUAGUUCUUCAUAUAAAUAAUUUAGAUGAAAUAUUAAAAACUAAAAAAGAAGAUAUUGUGAACUUUGCAAAUGAUUUAUCUAUGCAUAUUAUAUCCGCUAAACCAGCUAGUGUUUCCAUCGAUACAUUAAAUCCAAAAAUUACUAAAAAAGAAAUGGAUAUUAUUCGAGAUGGGUUGAAGGAUAUGAAAAAACCAGAAAAUAUUUUAAAUAAUAUGAUACAGGGGAAAAUGAAGAAAUUUUAUAGUUCCAUAGUAUUCCUAGAGCAGGAAUAUAUGCUGGAUGAAACAAAAAGAAAAGUUUCUCAAGUAAUUAAAGAUUUUGGUAAAGAUCACAAUAUUAAUAUAAGUGUUAAUCAUUUUAAUUAUUUCGCUAUAGGAGAAAAAAACGUUCUUAUGGAAUGA